AUGGUGACAAGACGCAUCCCAAGUCCCCUGAACAAGGAUUUCGAACAGCUGGUGCAGGCAACGCUGGAAAAAUGGCAUGUUCCGGGCAUGUCGGUCUCGGUCGUGGAAGGCGACUACACCUGGGCAGAGGGCUAUGGCAUCGCGUCAAUGCCAUCAACCCCCGUAACGCCAUCCACGCUGUUUUACGCUGGCAGCACCACCAAGGCCUUCACAGGCGCAAUGAUGGGCAUGCUCGUCGAAGACAACGACACUUAUCCGCAAGUCCAAUGGGACACACCAGUCAGCCAGCUGAUCCGAGACGAUUUCGUGCUAAGCGAUGAGUACGCAACCCAGCACAUCACCAUCGAAGACAUCCUGUCGCACCGGUCGGGCCUACCGCCCCACGACCAGGCCUAUGGCCAUCAUCUCAGUCGCGGCGUAGCCGUGCGAGAAAUAGUCCGCCAGAUCCGCCAUCUGCCUCUGACAGCGCAGCCGCGCACACGAUUCCAGUAUUGCAACCUCAUGUUCGUCGUGGCUUCGCACGUCAUUGAGACGUUGACGGGAAAAUGGCUGGGCGAUUCGCUUGCUCAGCGCAUUUGGACCCCACUAGACAUGAAUGCCACGUUCUUUAGUUUGGAGGAUGCUCAGCAUGCCAAAGAACACCUAGCGCAUGGAUAUGCUUACUCCCCGGGGCAUGGCGGCAGUGACGAGAACGGCUAUCGCGAAGUCGGGUGGAUGAGCGUCGAUGAAGUCUCCGGUGCUGGAUCUGUGAUCACUAACGUACUGGACUAUGCCAAAUGGGCACGCUCGCUAAUGCGCAAGACACCGCCGCUGUCAAAGCAAGUGCACAAAGCGAUAUGGGAACCGCGAACUUUGAUUCCAGGCUCGGAGGAGGAGGAGAAGAAACAGCCCUACACUGGGCCCAUGGCUUACGCGCUCGGAUGGUCUACUGGAGUCUACCAGGGAUAUCAGUUUUAUGAGCAUACAGGCGGCAUGAACGCCUUUGGGGCGGAGCUGAUCUUGUUUCCUGAUCUGCAGUACAGUGUGGCUCUGUUGGCGAAUACGGCGUCGACGUCGAAUUUCGCCGCUAAAAAGAUUGCCUUUCAUCUAAUUGAUGAGAAGCUUGGUGUGCCAGUGGAGCAGAGGUUUGAUUGGGAUCGAUACUAUACAACCCACCUGGAGAAACUGAAAGAAAAAGCGGAAAAUUCAGUCCAAUACCUCUAUCCAUCCCUUCCUUCCCCUACGCUCCCCGCCACACUGCCGCUAUCUGCAUAUGCCGGCACUUAUUAUCACCCUGGCUACCAAACAGUCACGGUCUACCUCGAUGAAUCCAACGUGCUACGUGCAGACCGGUCCUUUAUCACUUUCCCGCAGUACCUUAGCUUCGAGCAUGUGAGCGGGGAAUACUUCCUGGUCCGAUCCGUUCAUGAUUGGGACUACGGCACGCUGUUCCCGACUGUUUAUGCGGCCGAGUUCAGGCUUGGAGCGGAUGGACGCGCGAGUGAGCUGGGGAUUGGCUGGGAGGAGGAGAUGAAGGGGGAGAAGCUUUGUGUUGCUGCUGAGCCUUUCACGCCCGUCAUGAACCCUUCUGAGCUGGCCCGGCUGAAGACUGUCAAUUCAAGUAAACCCCAGCUCACGCAUUCCAACUCGAAACAAUCCGUUGCAGCCUCGGACGAUUAUUUCUCUCUGCAUUCCGAUCAGUCCUCCACAAAGAGCUCCAACAGCAAGGUGACCGUGGUGCGGUAUACCACGCCGCAAUCACACUUGCCCUCACAUUCUUCAUCGGCUCAACAUUCUUCGGCAAACCUAGCCAAACCUCAGUCACAGUCACGAUCGGCAGAAGACAUGAAGAAGGCUCGCCCCGCUUCUUCAGCUGCAGCUGCAGCUGCAACUGCAACUACUCCGGCCCAUGCUCGACGACAUACCGAAUCAUACAAUCGACCAGCAACUUCAAAUUCCGUUCGAUUUGGAGCCACGCAAGUCAGUGAAAUCAGCCCUGCACGACACAUACAGGAUCCAAGACAGCAUAUUAGUGGAACGACUCCCGGUGUCGAUGAUAGUCCUUACCUGCGCUUUGCCAUUGACCAACUGACUCGCGAUGAGGAAGUCGCUGGUGUUGGGCGGCAUGGUUCCGUAGUCAGCGCUGACUAUUCGGUUGAGAGAAUUGUUCCCGAUGAGAACCUGGGGUACUACUAUCGCAGCGGACCGACCACGGUUGAGAUUGGAAAACCAGCCAGUCGCCAGGGGUCGUCUAAUUCCGCAGGCACAGAGAAACAAGGAGCAAAGGCUGUCUUUGUAGCUGUGGAGCCAGGUGUCAACGAUGCUCGCCAUCCACCACUGGACUUUGUCCCUGUAGUCCUGCGGCCUUGGGCUUUGGCUAUUUACAUCUUUUUGGUCCUGUGGAUGAUUGCCGGCGUGGUCUUUUCAAACGUGUGGUCUCAGCGACAUGAUGGUAUCUGGGACUGGGACGGUGUUGGUACUUCACGAUACUUUGUCGCACAAUUUCUGCCUCAAUUACUCGCAGGAUUGAUUGUCCUCUGGAAUUUGGUCUUGCAGGCGGCUAUCUACCGCGUAAUGCCGUUUUGUAUCAUGGCAUCUGAACGACAAAAAGCUGGAGCGCUGCAAAACCUCCCUAUCUUGGCGCGCAACCAUCUGCUCCCAGACUUUGCUCAUUUUCGAUAUGGCGAGCCUCUUGUCGCAGUGGGAUUGCUUGCAAUGUGGCUGACCGACUUCUUCACUAUGCCAUUGAUCAGCUGUCUUUUCCAGGCAAAAUACUAUACGAUCAAUGACCAAGGUACCUGGCGGUGGACUACAUCGCAAGUUGUGGGCUGGGUUGUCGUUGGCCUUUAUGCCCUGUUGGUAAUUGCACUGGGCUUGGUGAUGGCUCGUUUUGUCAGGAGCUGGACUGGUCUGCUGUGGGACCCGAUCAGCCACGCAGACCUCAUUCCACUGAUCCAGCGAUCGAACAUUCUCCGAGAUUUUGAAGGUUCCGAAACCAGCGUAUCCGUUCGUGAUAUGCUUCCCCUCCGGACCCUGCGUCUUGGCUACUGGCGACUGAUGGACAAGGAGGAUAUCUUUUAUGGCAUUGGUGAGGAGUACGCCUCCGGAGACAUGCCGGCACCUGCUUCACCAACAAGAAAUGAGAAACGACCUGUUACACGUUCUGACCCAGUUUUUGAAGACUUGGAACAGCAGAGCUUUCUCAGAAACGAGUCCUUUGAGCGCACAUUGCAUUCCCCCUUUAUUCGAUUUCGAUGGACGACGUGGUUCUUGCGGGAUUUUGCCAUAAUAGCCUGGAUUAUAAUCGUGCUGGGUUUAUUCAUCGCUUUCGUCGUAGUCAGCUUCGUUCACGAGGCCAUUUCCCAGGGAUUCUUGCCCUUGGUCCCGACACUGGCAUCAGCAAAUGGGUUCUCGGCAUCGAACUUCCUAUUCAGCUUCAUCCCUGGACUGAUUGGAAACUUCCUAUUUCUCGCCUGGCAACCAAUUGAUGUCUACAUGAGAGCACUGCAGCCUUUCGCAGCCAUGUCCAGUCCCGAAGGCGCCAUAGCAGAGAGAAGCUUGCUUCUAUCGUACCCGGCCUGUCUUCCAUUCGAGGUGACAUUUCUUGCUUUCGUCGCCAAGCACUACAAAGUUGCGUACAUCUCGCUGAUGAGCUUGCUUUUUCUCGCAAUCCCGAUUCUGAGCGGGGGUGUCUUUAUUGCCCUCUGGUACCCUGUUCAGAGCGAGGUGCGCAUUGCCGCUGAUCUGCCUGCGUUCUAUGUCCUGGUAGCGUUUUGCGGUCUGUACGCACUUUCGUACUUGGUUAUCUGGCCUCGCCGCCACCGUUAUCUGCCCCACGAUGUAUCCACGCUGGCAGACCUGAUCAGUUUCCUCUACCAGAGCCCGCUUUUGUAUGACCAGGUGCUGCGAGAGCCACGCACGAAGACAGACCUUGUCACACGAUUGGUUGUCACGCCGCCGACUGAACGCACACAGCCGCUGUAUGGCUUUGGCAUUUACAAGGGGCUUGACUGGAAGGAUCAUCUAGGUGUUGAUCGUUUCACGCGUGCUGGCAGGGCGGAUAUGCUGAGUCCCUUUGCGAGUGAUCAAGUCGACACAUCCCCUGACCUCAAUCAUUAUCGACGCUCUCUGAGUCGACAUUUGGCACAGUCCACGUCGCCUGUCUCGUCUACCUCAGCUGCUUCAUGUCAAUCUUCUCAAUUGGUAGAUUCAGUUCCAGAGGACAUGCUCAACGACACGAAGAUAACAGUCGUAGUCAACUUUGACGCAUCAAGCUCGAUGCUUCAAGACGUUGAGGUGUGCAUAUUUUGGUACGCCGUGUUCGAAUUCCUGCGUCUCGAAGUACUCCUCUCAAAACACGACGUCGCUUUUGGUCUGAUUGUCUUCAAUUCUGUCGUCGAAGAAAGCUGGACUGGACACAAACACAACAUGUCAUGGCUGCUCAGAAGAUGGCUAAAUCCCUCAACAGAGGAAAACUCCCAGCCAGUACCAACAACAACUACAGCAGCAGCAGCGACCGCAUCAGUAGGCGACAGCCAAACACCGACUCUACAACAACAGCAACAGACACAAAAUAAGCCUCCACGCCUCAUCCCCAACAACCUCAAACUCCUCCUCGGCGGCCUCGUCUUCUUCUCCCUCUCCUCCCUCGUCACCCGCCGCACCCUGAUCCGCAAACACCUUGCCGGCGUACCAUCCUUCUACACAUCCAGCGUGUACCACAAGCCGCACGUGAACGGCGCCCUCGACGCCUUUGAAGCACUCAACCUCGCCACCAUAAACACAUUCGCAGCCGCCAUGAUCCUUGCCGGCGGCACCCUGUGCGUCCUCGACAUCGACUCUGUGGAUGCUGCGCGCGCUCGGCUGCGAAAACGGCUCGGUUAUUCUUCAUCGCUGGAAGGCGGUGGUGGUGCGGGAGUGCCGCCGACAAAGGAGGAAGAAGAACAAUUUGAGCGCGAUAUGGAGGCUUGGUUGGAGAAUGUGUUGGGUAAGAAGGAUUUGAAGGAGGUUAGGAGGAGGGUCGAGGCGGCAAAGGCGGCGAGAGAGGAGCAGGAAAAAUAG